AUGGCGGGCGGAUGGGAGGCGGGGAGCGGGCAUGUGGUCUGGUGCGAGGGCGUCACGCAUCUCCACCGCUUCUCUCCUCUCAUCGCCGAAAUGUUCAACACAAUCUCCAACAUAGCGACGCUCAUGGCUGCCGGAUACGGGCUCACAAGGGCUCGGAGGAAGCGUCUCCCGCGUGCCUUUGGUUUCUCGGACCUCUGCUUGCUCUCAGUAGGGCUCGGUUCCAUGGUGUUUCAUGCAACCAGAAGCUUCUACGGUGAGAUGAUGGACGAGCUCCCCAUGUCUGCCAUGGCUUUCGGCUACAUGUGGUGCCUCAAGGGCACGCACAAGUACACCUCGGGGAGAACCUGGAGCCUGGUGUUGGCAGUUUACAGCCUGGUGGUGGCAAUAGCUUGGGGGUCGUACUUGUUUUAUGGUUGGUAUGACGUCUUUACAACAAGCUUCACUGCUCAGGAAGUCGGGAGGACAUGUAUUUGUGGUGGACAAGUUUAUCCAUGA